AUGUCUAAGCUUUUCAGAAUCGACUGCGGCUUCCAGAACUACGACUGGGGCAAAAUCGGCUCUUCUUCAGCCGUGGCUCAGUUCGCUGCCAAAUCCAACCCACAGACCAAGAUCGAUGAGUCAAAGCCAUACGCCGAGCUUUGGAUGGGAACUCAUCCUUCUGUGCCUUCAAAAGUUGUUGAUGACGAGAAGCUCUCUGGUCAGGUUUUGAGAGAUGUCGUCUCCUCGGACGCCAAGGCAUACUUGCAUCCCUCUGUGAUUGAGAAGUUUGGCUCUGACAAAGAGUUGCCAUUCUUGUUUAAGGUCUUGUCGAUCGAAAAAGUCUUAUCGAUCCAGGCUCAUCCAGACAAGACUUUGGCUAAGCAGCUCCACGCCAGCGAUCCAAAGAACUAUCCAGAUGACAACCACAAGCCGGAGAUGGCCAUCGCCGUUACUGAUUUCGAGGGUUUCUGCGGUUUCAAGCCCUUGGAGCAAAUUGCAGCUACAUUGAAGGCUGUUUCUGAGUUCUACGAGAUUGUAGGCGCCGACAUAACCAAGGAGUUCUCCGAGAACAUCAAACCAGAUGCUCAGGUUGGCUCCGAAGAGGACAAGCACAACAGAAAGCUACUUCAGAAGGUUUUCGGUGCAUUGAUGAACACAGACGAUAAGACUAUUGAAGAGAAAGCCACUUCUUUGGUUGAAAAGGCCCAGUCAGAGCCAGCUGUUUUCGAUCAGUUGGCUCCUAAUUUGGCCAAUUUGAUUCUCAGAUUGAACAAGCAGUUUCCUAAAGACAUCGGAUUGUUUUGCGGCUGUUUGUUGUUGAACCAUGUCUGGCUCAAUGCCGGCGAAGCCAUGUUUUUGCAAGCCAAGGACCCACAUGCCUACAUUUCAGGAGAUAUCAUUGAAUGUAUGGCAGCCAGUGAUAAUGUUGUUAGAGCUGGAUUUACACCUAAAUUCAAGGACGUCAAGAAUUUGGUGGACAUGUUAACUUAUUCAUACGAAUCGGUCGAGAAACAAAAAAUGCCAUUGUUACCAUUCGAACGUUCAAGAGGAGAUGCUGUCAAGUCCGUGUUGUAUGAUCCACCAAUCGCUGAAUUCGCUGUUUUGCAAACGAUUUUCGACAAGAAGGCUGGCCAGAAACAACAGUUUGACGGCUUCCAUGGACCAUCCGUUGUGAUCGCUACCAACGGUAAUGGAUCUAUCAGAGUGCAGGGCGAAGAAGCUCAGAAGGUUGAAAGAGGAUAUGUCUACUUUGUGGCACCAGAAACGGCGGUGGAAUUGGAAUCUCUGUCUACUGACGAGCCAUUCACGACUUACAGAGCAUUUGUGGAAGCAUAA